AUGACGUCGGUCCGCGGAGAGACAACUGGAGCAGUUCCGUUAUUAGUCGUCUUCACCUGGUGGACAAAUGAACACGUGUCUCUCCGCAAGAUGGAUCCCAAACCAGCUAAGGAAAGUGGGCACCGAGAAGGAGAUGUGAAUGAUGCUAACCUGCCGUGGAGGAGCGACGCCUCCGAUUUCAGGCUGUGGUACGUCAGCGUCAGCAGCAGCUGCCCCUCACAGAGAUCACACAACCUACUACUGCCGCCGGCCGGGGCAGUCACGAAUCACAAGCACGUCUUCCUCAGGACGACAACGACGACAGGAUUUAUUUUCCUUCUUGUCCACUAGACUGGAUUCUGUGGGAUCCUUUGCACUACCGUGGCAGUUCCACCUAGGGUGACCCCUGUGCGGCGGUAGCCCUUCGCAAUGCCAAGAUGGCUCCCCCGCUCCCUCCCUCAGGCGCCAACGCGUUCCGCCCCUUCACCCGAGAAUCGCUGGCGGAGAUCGAGAGGCUUCAAGUGGAAAAGCGCAAAAAGGCAGACCCAGUAGACGGACACGAUGAGGCCGAGGUGGAGGAAGAGAAGGCGCCGGCGACCCCCAACGCCGACUUGGAGGCCGGCAAGAGUUUGCCGUGGAUUUACGGAGACCCUCCGGCGGAGAUGAUCAACACACCGUUGGAGGAUUUGGACCCCUUCUACAAGGCUCAGAAGACGUUCAUCGUGAUUAGCAAAGGCAACACCAUCUUCAGGUUCAACGCGGAGCCGGCGUGCUACCUCCUGAGCCCCUUCAGCAUCGUGAGAAGAGGAUCCAUCAAAAUCCUCAUCCAUUCAUAUCCUUAACGCCACCGCUCAUUUCAACCCGCUCCCUUACAUGUUUCCUUAACGUGACGCCUCAAAUUAUUCAGCAUGUUCAUCAUGAUCACCAUUUUAUCCAAUUGCGUGUUUAUGACCAUGAGCAACCCGCCAGCCUGGAGUAAAAAUGUCGAGUACGCUUUUACUGGGAUUUACACCUUCGAGGCUACCGUCAAAGUGUUGUCCAGAGGCUUCUGCAUCGGCUCGUUUACAUUCCUUCGAGACCCGUGGAACUGGCUGGAUUUCAUGGUGAUCAGCAUGGCGUACAUCACUGAGUUCGUCGAUCUCGGUAACGUGUCCGCCCUCAGGACCUUCCGUGUGCUACGAGCCCUUAAAACCAUCACUGUGAUUCCUGGUCUAAAAACCAUCGUGGGCGCGUUGAUCCAAUCGGUGAAGAAAAUGGGGAACGUGAUGGUCCUGACUGUCUUCGCUCUGGCCGUGUUCGCGCUGGUCGGCCUCCAGCUGUUCAUGGGCAACCUACGGCACAAGUGCGUGCGUUGGCCCGUCGACGGCAACGACACCGCCGAGUGGUUCAACGUCACCGACGCGUUAGCGCUCGACAACCAAACGGUCGGUUUCAACGCUAGCGAUUAUUCCAACGGCACCUUCGAUUUCGCAGAGUACAUCGAGAACUCGGAAAACUACUACUUUCUGGACGGCAGCAAAGAUCCUCUUGUAUGCGGGAACGGUUCCGAUGCUGGAGUCUGCCCUGAAGGUUUCACGUGCAUGAAGGCCGGCGGGAACCCAAAUUACGGCUACACCAGCUUCGACUCGUUCGGCUGGGCUUUCCUGGCGCUCUUCAGACUCAUGACCCAGGACUACUGGGAAAACCUCUUCCAGAUGAUCCUGCGGGCGGCGGGCAAAACGUAUAUGCUCUUCUUCGUGGUGGUGAUCUUCCUGGGAUCCUUCUACCUCAUCAACCUCAUCCUAGCGGUGGUGGCCAUGGCGUACGACGAGCAGAACCAGGCCACGCAGCGUGAGGCCAAGGAGAAGGAGGAGGAGUUUCAGCGUAUCCUCGAGCAGCUCAAGAACCAGGAGCAGGCUCAGCAGUCUGGAAGUCGAGAAUCUCUGAACAGUAGCAAGCUGCCAAGUCGCCACUCGAGCCCGGAGCGCGACGAAGCUGUCAAGGACUGUAACGGCAAGAUGGUCCCAAGCCUCAUGGUCCGACCGCCCACCAUGGUCGUGUGUAAUGAUGAUGAGGAGCUCAGGGAGAAGUCUCCAGGCAUGCUUAAUCCAGAUGAUCUUCAUCCGGACGAUCAGAGCCAGAGGCAGAGGUCCACCAGCGCCAUGGAAGAGUUGGAGGACGCUCAGAGGCCGUGCCCACCAGGCUGGUAUAAAUUUGCCAACGUUUUCCUCAAGUGGAACUGCUGCAAGCCGUGGAUGACCCUCAAAAAGUGGUUGUACGUCAUUGUGAUGGACCCUUUCUUCGACCUGGCCAUCACCAUUUGCAUCGUGCUCAACACGCUCUUCAUGGCCAUGGAGCAUUACCCCAUGACCAAAGAAUUUGAUGAGAUGCUUUCCGUGGGCAACCUGGUUUUCACUGGGAUCUUCACAGCGGAGAUGGUCCUUAAACUCAUUGCCAUGGAUCCUUACUACUACUUCCAAGUGGGUUGGAAUAUUUUUGACAGCAUCAUCGUAACUCUCAGUCUUGCAGAGUUGGGCCUGGCAAACGUUCAGGGGCUCUCGGUCCUGCGUUCCUUCCGCUUGCUUCGUGUCUUCAAGCUAGCCAAGUCCUGGCCCACACUCAACAUGCUGAUCAAGAUCAUCGGAAACUCCGUGGGCGCCCUGGGCAACUUGACGCUGGUGCUGGCCAUCAUCGUCUUCAUCUUCGCCGUGGUGGGCAUGCAGCUCUUUGGCAAGAACUACAAGGACUGCGUAUGCAAGAUCUCCGAUGACUGCGAGCUGCCGCGCUGGCACAUGAACGACUUUUUCCACUCCUUCCUCAUCGUCUUUCGCAUCUUAUGUGGCGAGUGGAUCGAGACCAUGUGGGACUGCAUGGAGGUGUCCGGGGCGGGAAUGUGCCUCAUCGUCUUCAUGUUGGUCAUGGUUAUUGGAAAUCUCGUGGUGCUGAACCUCUUCUUGGCGUUGCUGCUCAGUUCGUUCAGCGGCGACAACCUGUCGACGGCGGAUGACGACGGCGAGCUUAACAACCUCCAGAUCGCCGUCGGGAGGAUCACGCAAGGCAUUGACUGGCUCAAAGCUAAUGUCACCAAAAUUCCAGGGAGGAUCCUGGGCAAAAUACCCAAGGCGACUGAGGACACGGUGGAGAUGAACGACUUAGACAAAACGGCAGACGGGAUAGCAAAUUGUCGGAUGCCGGGACGGGCUUCCGGCGCCGGUUUGGAUGGAGAGCUUGCUCUCGGUGUGCCCAUCGCUCAGGGGGAGUCAGACUUUGAAAUUCUGGACGAUGAUGACGACGAGUAUGACUCCAAUCUUUCCACUUGUGGCGACAGCCUUCAUGACGAUAAAAGCCUAGAGGACGAUCUAGGUCUUAUCAAAGAAGUCAAACUGAUGGGCGUGGCCACCGAGGACGCCGACGUAUCAAUGUGCAGUACGGCCGAUUAUCAACCGCCUGAACCCGAACUGGAAGAAGAAGAGGAGGAAGAACCGGAGCCGGUGGAGCCGGAAGCCUGCUUCACCGACAACUGCAUUGGGCGCUGGCCGUGCCUCACCGUGGACGUGGACACCACCAAAGGCAAGCGAUGGUGGAAGCUCCGCAAGACCUGCUUUGCCAUCGUGGAGCACGACUGGUUUGAAACCUUCAUCAUCUUUAUGAUCUUACUAAGCAGCGGCGCUCUGGCUUUUGAAGACAUUUAUCUCGAGCGACGGCGAAUCAUCAAAAUUAUCCUGGAGUAUGCCGAUAAAGUUUUCACCGUCGUCUUUGUCAUCGAGAUGAUCCUGAAAUGGACGGCGUACGGUUUCAAGACCUACUUCACCAACGCCUGGUGCUGGCUGGACUUUUUUAUCGUCGAUGUUUCUCUGAUUAGCUUGGUGGCCAACUGGAUGGGAUUCUCCGAGCUGGGGCCAAUCAAAUCCCUCCGAACGCUGAGGGCGCUGAGGCCUCUACGCGCUCUCUCCAGAUUCGAAGGCAUGAGGGUGGUGGUGAACGCGCUGGUCGGCGCCAUCCCGUCCAUCUUCAACGUCCUGUUAGUCUGCCUCAUCUUCUGGCUCAUCUUCAGCAUCAUGGGGGUCACCAUGUUUGCCGGCAAGUUCUACCGCUGCAUCAACACCACCACGGAGGAACCCUUCGCCGUCGCCCAAGUCAACAACCGCAGCGAGUGCCUGGCCCUGCAGGAGGCCACGGGGGAGGCCCGCUGGGUCAAUAUCAAGGUCAACUACGACAAUGUGGGGAAAGGCUACUUGUCGCUGCUCCAAGUGGCAACCUUUAAAGGCUGGAUGGACAUCAUGUAUGCCGCUGUUGACUCCAGAGAAGUGGAGGAGCAGCCGUCGUACGAGAUCAACCUAUACAUGUACAUCUACUUUGUCAUCUUCAUCAUCUUCGGCUCCUUCUUCACGCUCAACCUCUUCAUCGGUGUUAUCAUUGACAACUUCAACCAGCAGAAGAAAAAGUUGGGAGAUAAAGACAUCUUCAUGACGGAAGAGCAGAAGAAGUACUACGAAGCCAUGAAGAAACUCGGUUCCAAGAAGCCGCAGAAGCCAAUUCCACGUCCCACGAACUUUCUCCAGGGCUUGGUGUUUGACCUCACCAAUCAGCAGUUCUUUGACAUCUUCAUCAUGGUGCUCAUCUGCCUCAACAUGGUGACCAUGAUGGUCGAGACGGACAACCAAAGCGCAGAGAAGGAGGAUUUCCUCUUUAAAGUCAAUCUGGCCUUUAUUACGGUCUUCACCACCGAGUGCGUGCUGAAGCUCUUUGCUCUGCGGCAGUACUUCUUCACCAACGGUUGGAAUGUAUUUGACUUCAUCGUGGUCAUCCUCUCCAUUGCUGGCACCAUGCUGUCGGACCUGAUCGAGAAGUACUUUGUGUCACCCACGCUCUUCCGUGUGAUCCGUCUGGCCCGGAUCGGUCGCAUCCUGCGUCUCAUCAAAGGCGCCAAAGGCAUCCGGACGCUCCUCUUUGCCCUGAUGAUGUCACUCCCCGCCCUCUUCAACAUCGGCCUGCUGCUCUUCCUCAUCAUGUUCAUCUUCUCCAUCUUCGCCAUGUCCAACUUCGCCUACGUCAAGAAGGAGGCGGGCGUGGACGACAUCUUCAACUUUGAGACGUUUGGCGGGAGCAUCAUUUGCCUCUUCCAGAUCACCACGUCGGCCGGCUGGGAUGGGCUCCUGCUUCCCAUGCUCAACAGGGAGCCCCCCGACUGCGAUCCCGACUUUGAGAACCCCGGCACGGACGUGAGGGGCAAUUGCGGCAGCCCGGGCUUGGGCAUGAUAUUCUUCAGCAGCUACAUCAUCAUCUCCUUCCUGGUGGUGGUCAACAUGUACAUCGCUAUCAUCCUGGAGAACUUCAACGUGGCGCAGGAGGAGAGCAGCGACGCGCUGUGCGAGGAUGACUUUGAGAUGUUCAACGAGACGUGGGAGAAGUUUGACACGGACGGAACCAUGUUCAUCGAGUACGCCCGCCUCUCUGACUUUUGCGACGCUCUGCAGGAGCCGCUGAGGGUCGCCAAGCCCAACCGCCUUCGUCUGAUCCAGAUGGACCUCCCGCUGGUCAUCGGCGAUCGCAUCCACUGCCUGGACAUCUUGAUGGCUGUCACGGAGAUGGUUCUUGGAGACACGCUGGAAAUGGCCGCCAUGCGGGAGAGCAUCAAGACCAAGUUCCUCCAAAGCAACCCCACCUCGGACUCCUUCGCGCCCAUCACUACCACCGUACGCCACAAGGAGGAAACGUGGGCCGCCACCGUCAUCCAGCGGUCCUAUCGGAGCCACCUGCUGCGACGCGGACUCCGUCACGCCGCCUUCCUGCGCCGCUCCAAGAGAGGGACCGCCCAGGUCCAAGACCCGGCGGAGAAGGAGGGCUUGAUUGCGCGCAAAAUGGGAGCGCUGUAUGCUAGUUGUGUGAACCUCUCCAAGGGGAAUGAGACUCUGGUGGCACCAGGAACCAGACCAGGUCUUGGCGCGCCUAGGUCGAGUGUCAUGUCGGUACCUGUGGAAAUCAGUAAUGAGGUGGUGCUACAUUCUGCCCCCGAGCCAACCCGAGUUCUCGACAGCCUUCAAGAACACAUCAGAGAGUCGCAUGUGUAACCAAAAAAAACUUUUUUUGUUGACAUUUUUACGAGGAU